GUUUUGAUUUGUUUAGUUUAUUGUUUUCUGAAGUUUUACAUUAACAUAAUUAUUUUUUCUGUAUCUGAACACUAAAAUGACUAGAUUGUUACCUGAUUUCAAAGAAGAGCUGCAUUUGUUUCCAAAAUGCAAUAGUUUUGGCAUCUAGUUUAACAUUACUUGUCUGCAAGUGUUUAUAGUAGAAUGAAUAUAAGGUACAUGGUGUUUACUUUCAAGUGAUCCUGUGUUCUGAGCUAGGAUAAGCAGAUUUACAAACAUUAGUACAAUAUUGCAACCAAGUUAAAUGGAAUGGAUGUGCAAGAGGACAAUUUGCCUUAACAGCAGAGGAUCUUAUAAAAAAGAUGCUUUGAGAUGAGGAUGAUAGUGGAUAGAAUUAAAAUUAAUCUUGCUGGACUAAAAUCUUAAGACUACAAUGGAUUUAUGAGUAUUUGAUAAUGAUUUGUAACAGAUGAACCAGUUGUUUUAGGUAAAAUGGAUCAGCAGAUUAAUCAAGUAAUAUAAUGGCUAGUUUUUUCUGCUCCAUUCUGUGUUUCGGGCCUGUUUUGGUAGGAUUUGGUGUUUGUUCCUUUUAAUAAUUUAAUAGGGUCGUCAGUCCCAGGAAAGGGGUUGCUGUUAUUCUUUAGAGUUUUGCAUCUGUCAUAACUGCCCAAAGCAAACUCCAAAAAUACUUUAGAGAAGUUCUUCCCUAUACUAGUGAAUUGGAUUAGGAUAUUUCUCUCUUAUAGGGAGAUGGUGCAUAAGUCCAAAAGUGGUAAAAUUGUUUCCCAGCAGAACCCAAAGAGUGAGAAAACAUAUGAAUAAAAUCCUGUUUAGUAAGAUUCCCCAAUCGAUCUCUUUUUUUUUCUUGCAUAGAGAGAGGAAUACCCAGUCAAAGAAUUGACAUUGAGCCAUUUUUAGUAUAGUUUAGACCUAGAUUUAAAAAAUUCAAAGACCUGUUUUCAAAGGGUGUGUCAUUUAAAUUAUCACUGCAUGAGAGAUGGAUAACUAGUUAUGGUUGUGGGCAUGUGGACAUCCCAUGUAUAGGGUGCCAUUUUGGCUCAAUGCUUGGGCUUGUGGGGAAGGAAGGAUUGGAAAAGCACUGCAGGUAUUCAUAAAGAAGGGGAUGUUAGUUCACAAAUAUUAUCAAUUACAAUUUUUAUUACUACUUAGGGCUGCUAUGAACCUAUCAACAGCCAAAUUUUUACUCAUUCUUAAUUUUUCCAUGUCUGUAUUCUAGUGUGACGAUUAUAAUUUUUUGGAAUACUGAGAUGUGAACAACUAUUAUGAACCGAAAAUUGGUUACCAUGUUCAUAAUGGAUUCCUUGGGCCAGAAACUGGAAAUGGUGACUUUGGGAUGUUUCUGUUCGGUGGUGUUGAUGUAGGAUUUAUACAGCACAGUUAAUGUAACAAGUUCCUCUUGUUUGAGGAAUCCUAGUUUCCAGUGUAUGAGUUGCUGGAUCACCAUCCUAAGACUGAGUUACUCAAAACAGAAGCCAAACCAAAACUUAAAAGAAAUUAAAACAAACGAAAUGCCAAUACUCAAUUAUAAUACAUUUUCAUACUUAAUUUAAAAAUCAAACUGAAAACAGAAAUAGGGAUAAGAAGGAAGAAAGAUUCGAUCCAUGGAUGAUAUUCUUAAUUGUGGGAUUUCCUUUCAGAUCUCAUGAACUGUAACUCACAUAAGUAAUAGAAAUCAAAUAGAAGAAAUGAUGCUAAGCCCAAAUGAAUAUUAGAUCAAUUACUAUUAAAUGGUUUUAAAGUCAAGUGAAAAUGAAUUUUCUAACACUUGCUGUAGUAUAAUUUUGAUAAACAUGCAAAAACCCAUCUAUUUCAAAGUUCAAACUAAACAACAGUAUAAAUUCAGCAAAUUUGAGAGGCUGGGAAGCAUUGCCAUGCACAUGUUUUCAAUCCAAAAGUUGACAUUUCAAAUAACUGUUUUUUAUCUCCUAAAAUUGUAGAAAUUUUAACCGAGUCUUUGCAAAGUGAAAUUGCUGCCCCCCCUCCCUGCCCCCUUACAAUUGAGGUAUAAAUCAUAUAAAUAAAUAUUCUAGGUGGGUACAUCCUCACCAACUGCAUCAAAUGACUAAAAUUAGAAGAAACUGUAAUGAUUACUACAGCAGAAAAUUGCCAGCUGCUAAGCUCCUGUCCCAUCAGCACUUGGCACUGUUGCAUAUCCAAAUUGAUUUGAGUUGGAUCAAUUAUCAAGUGCCUGUCUAUAUUCUGUUGGCUCCUUUUAAAUUGCUUGAUAUUCAUUGAGAAAUACUUCAAACCUAGCCUUUUGAAUAAUACAUGGAGGUUUGACCUAGCCAAAUUUAUUGUGCCAAGUUGCAUUCUUGAAUGAAUACCAAUUAGGCUGCCUAUGCAAGCAUUAUGAUCCAAAUAACAGGGAGGUUAAGGGUACUAAUAAAAGAGUUAUAUUCACAAUUAAUAAAGAGUUGGUUAGAACCACCUUCAAUUUGAAUCUACAGGCAAGUCAUUAAAUAUGCCUUGUACAGUUAUCCCUAAGAGCUAGGUUACCGGGUUUGCCUCUGGGCCCCCCUGGUACGGGUCCAGUUCGAACUGGGUUCGACCAGGGUUCGAAAAACCUAGAGGUGGUUCGACCCUGGUCGAACCCAGUCGAACCCGGGGUUGAACCCAGUCGAACCCAGGCGGACCCAGGUCGAACCCAGCAGUGUUUAUCUUGACAGCUAUAUGUAUGUGGUCUGGAGCUGUCGAUUCCUUGUGUUUAUUCUUGAGCUUCGUUUCUUUUUGGCAGCCGUUGUAUUUGGCACAUAUUAAAUGGCGCAUAUUCCAAGUAAUAUGCGUUAUUCUUUUGUGGCUGUGAGUUUGUUCGAUGAUUUUUUUUGUCAGAAAUGUUCUUUCCAGCGCCAAUUUCUGCUUUAUGCGUUUCUUUUUGAAACAAUUUUGGGCUGCAGUUUCUUUUGUCUGUCAGAGCUAAUGCGUCAUUUGUUGGAAAAUGAUUUCUCUUUUCUACAGAAAAACCCGUAUAUGCCAAGGUAGGGGUGUCAUGUUGGUUUUGGAAAAGAAAGUCACUUUUGGAUGAUCCAUUUGAUGAUUAAACUUUAAGUUUAUAUUGUUGAAAGUUGAAACAAUGAUACUUGAAUAUUUUGUCAUUUUGAUAUUAAACUCUAAGUUGCCAGAUUCUGCAAAAAACCCACGGGUCCUGGUUCGGUUUGCACCAAAUACUGGUCCGUUACAAAUUCUCCCCAAAUUCUCUCAGAGGAACCCUGGCCGAAUUUUGGCGUAUUUGGAACAAAUUUCAGUUCCAGCGGCAGAACCCGGGAAGAAUUUGGGUGAAAAAGACAUUUUUUAAACUUUUUAAAAGUUUUUUUUUGCCUGAUUUAGUCUAUUCGACCCUCCAACCCUAAAUUAGACCACUAAAAAGGUCAAAUAGGUAAAACCUUUCUCAUUUGUGCAUUUGUGAAUGAAAAAGAAAACUCGUUGGCUCCAUUUCUAAACUUUCUUGUUUGCUUGCCAUAGCUGAAGGAGUGUUGAAGGGUGAUAGUUGCAUGCUUUGAGCUGGUUUGUGAGUUAUUCCUACGUAGUUGCAAGUGUUGAGAACUCCUCAAAGACAUUGAAGAGGAAGAUUUCACCAAAAGAGGUAGGUUUUUGUUGAUUUUGUUUGUUUUUUAAAUUUUUCUUUACAUUGUUUUACAAAAUGAAAUGAUUUCUCUAGUUCUACUUUUAUUAUAUUUUUUCAUUUUGGUUUGUGGAUUUGUAUGUUGUUUAAUGUUUAUAGAUUCAACAUUCAUAGAAUGGCAAGUGCUUCUAGCACUGGGGACUCCCGGUUCAGAACAGAGCCAGGCUCUCCACUAUGGAAAUAUGUGGAAAUGGUUCAGCAACUACCAGGUGGAGGAGGUUUCCUUUGGAUUUGCAGGCAUUGCAAAGAGGAAUAUAAAAGCUCUUAUAGUAGAGUGAAAGCACAUUUGUGCUUUAUCCCUCAAAAAGGCAUCAAGUUUUGUCCAGGCAAGUCAAAAGUUCCAGGGCAGCCUAGACCUAAAACCUUGCUUGCAAACAAUAUUGUACUAAAAUAUAUUGAAGAGCAAAGACAAGCAGAUGAAGCAGUUGGGAAUGUAGUUACUCAUACUUUGGAAAGGUCCAGAAGUAAAAAAGCAACAAAGGCCUCUAUGUCUUUAACUUCCAAUGAACAAUCCGUAGAAGGCCAUCCGUUCUUGAAUCUUCUUGAACAACCAGUGACAAAUAAAAGAGCAAAGGGGCCCUUGGAAAUGUCAUUUCAGAAUGAGGCUGGAGACAUUGCCGAGGAAGACAUAGGUAGAUGCAUCUAUGCAAAUGGAUUGGCAUUUAAUGUUGUUUGCUCACCGUAUUGGCAAAAAAUGGUGAGAUCAAUUAAUGAGGCUCCAAGGGGGUUCAAGGGCCCAGGGUAUGAGAAGGUGCGCACCAUUUUAUUGGACAAAGAGGUGAAAAAUGUAGAGAAUUCCUUGAAGCCUAUUAGGGAUUCAUGGAUUGAAACAGGUGUGUCCAUAGUAUCAGAUGGAUGGAAAGAUGCAAGAAAUUGCCCUUUGGUCAAUGUUCUUGCAGUGUACACUAGAGGUGCAAUGUUUUUGAGAGCAGUGGAUUGUGAAGGGCAAUUGAAGGACAGUCCAUUCAUUGCAAACAUUCUUUUCCAAGCCAUUGAGCAAGUUGGCCCUCAAAAUGUUGUUCAAGUGAUAACAGACAAUGCAAAAAAUUGUAGGGCUGCCGGGUUAUUGGUUGAGGAGCGUUAUAAACACAUUUUUUGGACACCUUGUGCUGUCCACUCACUCAACCUAAUGCUGCAAAAAAUUGGCAAUAAAAUUGAGUGGAUCAAAAAAAUGUAUGGUGAUGCCCAAGAGAUCCAAAUGUUCAUCACGAAUCACCAUAUGUCACAAGCCAUAUUUAGACAAUUCUCGAGAUUGGAGCUCUUGAAGGUUGCCGAGACCCGUUUUGCCUCCCAAACUAUUGUUUUGAGACGUCUUGUGAAGGUUAAAGAGGCAUUGUCUAGAAUGGUAACCAAUGCUAAUUGGAGCAUAUGGAGGCAAUCUAUUGGUACAAGGGGAGCUGCCAUUAAGGCAAUGAUACUAGAUGACUCUUGGUGGGAUCUUGCUGAGUACCUCCUGAGAUUUACGGAGCCCAUAUUGAGCAUGAACCGAUACACUGACAUGGAUAGGCCUUGCUUGGGUGAGGUAUAUGAUGGCAUUGACUCCAUGAUCAAGGAUAUGAAAACAAUCAUAAAUCAGAAAGAGCAAGAUCCUGAAGAAAAAUUCUUCAAGGAAAUACAAAAAAUCAUGGUGGAGAGAUGGAACAAAAUGACUACCCGUUUGCAUCUCCUUGCCUUUGCAUUGAGCCCCAAAUACUAUAGUCGGGAGGUCCUCAAUAAGAGUAGCACUAGAGUUGCCCCAUAUAGAGAUCAUGAAGUUGCUAUUGGGUACAAGGCAGCCCUUCGUAGACUCUUUCCAGAUUCAUUACGGGCUGUGGUGAGGGCUGAAGUCAUGAGUUUCACAAGCACGGAUGAUUGCGGUAUUGAGGCUCUUGAAGACAAGGCAAAUGUUGAUGCUCAUAAAUGGUGGUACUACCAUGGAGAAAUAUACCAGAACCUACAACCCAUUGCCGUCAAAGUUUUGUCACAAGUUGCUAGUUCAUCAUCAUCCGAGAGGAAUUGGAGCACAUACUCCUUCAUACACUCAAUAAAACGCAAUAAACUACAUUCCAAGAAGGCGGAAGACUUGGUCUAUGUGCAUUCAAACUUGAGGCUCCUAACACACAAAGACAAUACCUACAAACAAGGGGAGGCAAAGCAUUGGGAUGUUGAACUAGAGCAUGCAGAGUUGGAUGAUUCAAUUGCCCGCCUUAAUGCACUUGGAGUUGAUGAUGAUAAUGAUGAGCUACUUGGUGAUCAUGAGGCUGCUCCCGAGGCUGAGAUUGCUAGUACCACUGCCAGUGGCACUGUUUGUGCUUCUAAUUUGCCACAGGAGGAUGAUGAUGAUAUGUUUGAUGACUUUUGAUGAUAUUUGAUCAGUGAUGGUUGAUUGUUAAUGUUGACAUUAUUAUUUUUUAACAUAAACAUUGAUAUGGUGGUGUAUUUUGGCAUUUUGCUAUGUUAUUUGCCAUUUGGACUAAAAGUCUACAACAUUAAUAUAUAUGGUGGUGUAUUUUGCUAUUUAUUUGCUGCUGCAUAUAUGUAUAUAUUUUUAUUUUUUUGUUUCUAUAUGUUUUUGUACGGACGAACCCAAAGCGAACCCGAACCCACCCCCCCAAAAAAAUGAACGAAUUUGCGAACCAGAAUCUCGAACCAGAAUACAAACCAGAAUCCGAACCGGCAACUUAGAUUAAACUUGAUGUAUAUGAUGCUAUUAUGGUAUGAUCAUGAUGCUAUGAUUACAAGUUUAUGUUUGUUUUGUUGUUUAUAUGAUGCUAUGUGACAUGCAAAUUUUAAUUCAUGCUUAUAGGCUUCACAAAUAUCAAUAUAUAUAUAUAAAAUUUACAUGUGUUUGUACUAACAAACCCAAACGAACCCAAACCCCUUUUCAAAAUUUUGCAAUACCGGCGUACCGGGUUCUUCGAACCUGAACCGGUGCCCGAACCUGAACCGGUAACUUAGCCUAAGAGUAUCACUAGGACAUGCAUAUCAAUAGAGUGAUAUGACUUCCGGAUCAUAGGUGAAGAGCAAAUAAGAAUACAAGGCCAUUGGAGACUAUUCAAAAAGAUGAAUUGGAGCCUUUUUAUUUAGAUAAAUUUGAGGGCUACUUCAGGCUGACGUUUUCAGCACCUUGCCAAGUGCUAGGCAUCAAAUACAAGAAGCAAAUUCAAACAGGUUUGGUGAUGGUAGUGACCAAUGUCCAAAUUUCUCAUGUGAAUAUGUUAUUUGAUUAUGGUUUACUUAUGGCAGAACAUGUGCAUAAAGAAAUGGUAAAUUUCAAAAGAAGUGAAGCUUCUUGCACCUUCAGAUGGUAUUUUGUAUUAUGCCAUAUUUUGCUGCACGUAUUUUUUGGAGAAUGGGAGGAUGCAUUAGGUGUGCUUCUUGUUCUAGAUUAAGUAACUCAAGGACAUAUACUGCUGAAAUAGAUGAGGGGCUGUGCACGUGGAUAUCCAUUGCUCUAGUGCUAACUGUUGCAAUUUUGAGGAUUUCUUUGUUGCUUUUGUUUUGAAAAGCUUGGGCAUGAGAGGAAGAGAAUAACAUAAAACUUUACCAAAUUCCUCUCACCCUUGCAUUUGUUCCAAGAAUUACAUUGUGUCACAAUUGGGGUGAUUGUUUUCUUAAUGAUAACUGCACAGUUAUAAGGGUGUCUUCUGCUACAAUGGCACUAUGUCUGAUAGAGCUGCUAUCUUGGAAAUAGUAUGGCAAAUGCACGAUGUUGAUAAGUGUUAAUGUAAUAGCGUUGUUCAGUAUCCUUCUGGCCGACAUAGAGAACUAAAUUAUCUAAUUGGCCUAUCGGCCUUAGACAAUUUAGUCAUAGCAAUUUGCUAAUGUGUCAAUUAUGUGUGUUAUGUCUAAUCCACCACCCUUGGAUUAUAAGACAUAUUGAGAUAUAAACUUUCUCUAACAAAAAGUCGUGUUAAUUAAAUAUAUGCGAAAAGAUAUGAUUGUUAAUAAGGAGCCAACUCUUGAAGGAAGACGUGCUGGUUGACAUAUCCAAAUGUGUGGGUAUAUAGUUCGGUUCUUCUUCUCCUCCAAAGACAUAUCGAAUCAUCAUCAUAGCAAUCGACUGUUCUCCAUCUUCAGCGAUUCACUUCUGCAGAUCGUGCUCCUUCUCUUGCAGAUCGAAGCGCAUUCAUUCUACAGCAGUUAACUCAGCAGUCCAUUAAUAUUCAUCUACAGCAGUUGGUGAAUUAAUCAAGGAAGAUCGAGUCUUAUAGCAGAUUGUAGAUUGUUAUCAUUCAUAUACAACUUCAAGACUGAAGCCAAUUCAUUGUAAAGACAUCUAUUAUAUUGAUAAUACAAUAAGGAACAUUAAUGCUGGGUUUUUCACCUUCGAGAGGAAGGUUUUCCCAGGAUAUUCACUGUGCAUUUUUUGUGAAUUUUCUAUUUAUAUAAGCUGAUCAUAUAAAUUUAACAUGGUAUCAGAGCCACAGUGAAAGAAGAUCGUGAUCAGAUUCUCUACAACUUCUAAGUUUUCUCUCGUCUAUCUCUCUCUCUCUCUCUCCAUUGAGUAGUUUCUCUAAGUCUUGAAAAUGGUGAACGGUCUUAAAGUCGAAGAUAGGCUUGAAGGUGCAUCUAACUUCACCUCAUGGAAGUUUAGAGUGCUCAUUACACUUGAAGAAAAUGAUCUUCUUCAAUUCGUGGAGGAAAAGGAUUUAUCCGAACUUGAAGAUCAUGCGGAGAAGCUUUGAUUCAAGAAAAAUGCCAUCAAAGCAAAGAAGAUAUUAAUCGACUCCGUGAGGGAUCACUUGGUGCCUCUCAUCUCCAAGAUGACAAAUGCGAGAGAUAUGUUCAAAACCUUGGAAGAUUUAUAUGAAAUUAACAACUUAAGUAGGGCUCUUGCCUUGAGGCAGCAACUCCACUAAGUGAAGAUGGCAAAGGGAGAUUCGGUCAUCACCUACUUCAUGAAAAUUUCAGAAUUGAGAGAUCAACUAGGCACAAUUGGGGAUCAAGUGAUUGAUAAAGACCUUGUCAUGCUAGCCUUGAAUGGUCUGCCUCAUUCAUGGGAGCCAUUUAUCCAAAGCAUAAGUGGAAGAUCCAAAUUACCUAAGUUUGAUCGACUUCGUGCAGAUUGUAUUCAAGAAGAAUCAAGAUUGACCGCUAGAGGAAUUAUCAAGAGCUCUCAAAAUGAAAAUACACAUGUUCUUGCCACUCAAUCUACCAAGAAACGUAAGAAUUGGAAGAAGGGCAACUUCAAAAGGAAUAGAGAUUCGAAAUCAGAUUCUGCACCUGAUUCUAGGAAGAGGAAGAAAGAUCUCUCUCGCAUCCAGUGUUUUAGGUGUGACAAGUUUGGUCACUUUGCAAGGGAUUGUUUGACAAGACCUAAUCAUCAAGGAGCAAACAUCAAUGAAGUCUCAUCUCAAAAGGAGGUUGAAGAUAACAACAAUGGUUUUCUUUUCAUAUCAGCAUUAUCAAGCAAUGUUCCUAUGAACAGUGAUACAUGGUUAAUUUGAUAGUGGAGCCUCUCGACAUAUCACCGGUUAUUGGGAGCACCUUUCUGAUUUAGUGGAAAAAGAGUCAAAUUUUCAAGUUAUCAUUGGAGAUGAUGCACGCUAUUCAGUAAGAGGAUUUGGUGCUACAUCUCUAAACCUUGAAUCUGGAGUUUCUCUACACCUAAGUGAUGUGUUGUUCGUGCUGGGGAUCAAAAGAAACCUUGUGUCUAUUUCAGCCUUGGAGGAUAAAGGAUAUCAAAUUGCAUUUUCUGAAGGAAGAGUUCUUGCUUGGCCUAAGAACUCCAGCAUCAAGAUUGCUCGUGUAAUCGGAAAUCGACAUGAGAGUUUGUAUAAACUCUCCACUCCUCCAGUACAAGCUCUAAAUAAUUCUUCCUGUUCCAGCGAACUUUGGCACAAAAGACUUGGACAUCUUCACUUCAGGGCUCUUCCAUCAUUGGAGAAGAUGGUAAAAGGUAUUCCUAAACUUAAUCAUGUACAUGAUGGUACUUGUAAAGGUUGUGUUAUGGGUAAAAAUAUUAAGAGUCCUUUUCAUAGCAGUGAAAGUAGGUCUGAAGAAAUAGUAGAUCUUGUACAUUCAGAUUUAUGUGGUCCAAUGUCAAUUCCAUCCCCAAGUGGAUGUUUGUAUUAUGCAACUUUCAUAGAUGACUACUCUAGGAAGACUUGGAUUUAUUUCUUAAGGUCUAAAGAGUUUGAUGAAGUCCUAGGUAGGUUUAAAUAGUUUAAAGCUCUUGUAGAAAAUUUAUCUGGGAAGAAAAUUAAAACUUUAAGGUCUGACAAUGGAGGUGAGUACACCUCAGGUAGCUUUCGUAAUUUCUGUAUUGAGGUAGGGAUCAAGAGGGAGUUUUGUGCCCCUUACAACCCUCAACAAAAUGGGGUUGCAGAAAGGAAGAACAUAUCUAUUGUUGAAGCUGCAAAAGCUUUGAUUCAUGAUCAAGACCUUUAGAAUUUUCUAUGGGUAGAAGCCUCUAGAACAACAGUGUAUGUUCAGAACAGAUAUCCUCAUCGGAUAUUACAAAAUAUGACCCCUCAAGAAGCCUUUUCAAGGAUCAAGCCUGAUAUCAGUCACUGGAUAAUCUUUGGUUGUCCUGUGUAUGUUCAUAUUCCCAAGGACAAAAGGACCAAGUUAGAACCUUAUGGCAAGAGAGGGAUAUUUGUGGGCUACAAUGAAAGCUCCAAAGCCUACCGUAUUUACAUCCUUGGUCAGAAGCAAAUAGAAGUAAGCAGGGAUGUCACAUUUGAGGAAGAUGUUGCAUUCAGGAACUCAAAGGGUUCACGCAUGGAGAUAGAUGAUGAGACUCCUCAAGACAUGGAUGUUGAUCAUGCUCCUGAGAUUCAGAGGGAGUCUACAGAACUUGAUAUGAAUGAUGAUCCAAUUGAACCUUUGGAUCCCACUGAUUGGUGUAGAGAUAUUGUUGUGUCUCGAAAGAGACCUCUUUGGGCAAGAAACACUUUGCGGGAAGCAUAACCGUUUGCCGCUCCUAGAGGCACAUUCAGAGAAAGUAAAAGACCACAAAGAUUCUCUAAUUAUGUUGCAUUGAUGUGUAAUCUUAUUGAGUCUGAACCUUCCAGCGUAGAGGAAGCCUCAAAACAACAGGUUUGGAAAGAUGCAAUGGAUGAGGAAUAUCAAUCCAUUCUCAAGAAUGAUGUGUGGGAUAUUGUGCCUAGACCGAAAGGGGAGUUUGUUGUAUCUUCCAAGUGGUUGUACAAGAUUAAGCAUGCAAACUACAAGUAGCUCUACAAAAUCAUUAAAAAUAGCAGAUAGUAAUGAAAUCUACAGGCAUAGAAUGACCGAACAAAAAAUGAUAGGAAAAUUUUUGAGAAGAAGUUUGCACUUGAGGCACGUGUAUAUUCAAUUUUAUGUUCCAUAAGAGCACAUUCUAACCUUUAAAUCCUCCACCUUUGCCUUUCUGUCCUUGUGUUUCUUGCUUGUCAAGAUACUGUUCUUAAAAUAUUUGGGAUGCUUCUAGGCAUACACUUUUCACACUCCUGCAUUUUCUGUUCCCCAUAUGGCAUCCCCUUUCCAUGAUUUUGCAUUUUCCAUCUCCUAUAUAAGGGGGUUUAGUGGAAUAUAUAUUGUAUAUGUGAGUAUUCACACACAUGGAGACAGACACAUUUGAUUGGUCCAUAAGGGUUUAUUGGCUUGCUGGCUCAUGUGAUACAAAUAGGGGGCUGGUCCCCAUGCAUGCUUAAUGUGCACUUUUAGCUGCAUUAAGGCAACAUGAGCUUUUCAAAAAGUUCCCAGGGGUGAUUGAGCCUGGGUUUUUAUUGUGAUAGUUCUUCUCUACUACUUUGUGUGCUUUGACUUUUUUGUGUGUGCAUGCAUGUGUAGUGUGUUUUGACUUGUGUACAUCCAUAAUUUUUUUCUAAUUAUUGCACAAAAAGUUCAACUAUUGGAAUCUAUAUUUUUUAGAAGUAAAUUCUUCUCUUCUUUAGGACAGGCAUAUAUGAAAGGGCAAAACAAAUCGAUUAUUGUAGGGAAAAUCUCUUAAGAAAAGGAAGUUUCUUUCCAGAGUUUUUGCUACUUUUUAGUGCAAGUAUUUUUUGAAGUUAUUUAUUGAUUGACAUACUCAAAUACACACCUAUAGUUACAUUACAUAUCCAAUGGCCUAUAUACUGAAAAUGGUGUGCUAUGCAAAGCAGAGAUUUUGAAUCUUAAUGAAUAUUAUUUGAAUUUUUUAAUUUUGGGUCAAUAUUCUUGUUGUUGGGGAAAUGCUGUCAUAUCAAAACUAUUCUUUCCAUUGAAUUUGUUCUUUGCCUAAUAAAGUCAUUUUGUUUUAAUUGUUCAGGUUACUUUCUAAUCAGAUUAUGCUUGGCCACAUUCUUUUUUGGUGUUUAUCUUUUCAUGUCAGAAUAUAAAUAUUCUUGUUUGAAUGAGCAUUGCAAAAUUUAUAUGAUAGAUAAAUAUAUUCUUCUGAGAUUGGAUUUUCCUUUUCAUUUUCAGCCAGUCCUAUUUCUGGUGGAAUUUCUUUGGUCUAAUUGUUGAAUAUUGGAAAUGGUCAAUGCUUUCUUGUGUCUGUUGUCUUAUCUUUUUGUGUCCAUGUUCUUCCCAGUUACCAUGGACAGUUUAUUUUAUUUUGAGUGCAGACUCAAAAUAUGAUGAAUGUAUGAACUGACUUAAGUGAUAUUUAAAAGAAACAUUGUUCUAACUGCUAAUAUUUUU